AUGUCUCCCGCCAUCACUGUUGACACGCUUCCAUCACGGCAACCAGACCUCAAGGCAGCAAAGGACCACCACGUCGGCAGUCCGCCAACGAGUUUCAAAAACCCAUGGCCAUCAUACCACGGGAUCGCGAUGGGCGACGCUUUCAAAGCAAGGUUUGGCAACCAUCCGGAGAAGAACUUCGUACCCGUACCCCAAGGCCCUGACGGCUCUCGCUCGGAUCAGCUCGUCAAAGUGCGGCAACCAGAUUGGGGAUUAGAGAAGAAGGACCGCUUGAGAUCGACGUGGAUAGGCCAUGCUUCGUUUCUUGUUGAGACUCCCGCCUCCAACAAUGCCGAUCGAGGAGUACGGAUCCUUUUUGACCCCGUCUUCAGCGAACGAACGAGUCCAGUUGGCUUUUUGGGUCCGAAGCGGUACUCUCCUACGCCAUGUGCUGUCUCAGACCUCCCGGAAGUGGACAUCGUCUGCAUAAGCCACAACCACUACGACCACUUGGACUACUACACAAUAAUAGAACUCUACCGGACACGGAAGGAGAAGAUCCACUUCUUUGUGCCGCUGAACGACAAAGCAUGGUUCGUGAAGCACAUAUGUCCCGCCCAGCAAGUAACAGAACUCGACUGGUGGCAGAGCUGCAAAGUCCAGAUCGAGGAUAUCGGAGCUGUCACCAUGACCUGUACACCAUCGCAGCACGGCUCCUCUCGGACAGGCUGGGACAAAGAUCGUUCGCUCUGGUGCUCGUGGACGGUGGAAAUGCAGAACCACAAAUUAUUCUUCGCUGGCGACACAGCCUAUCAAGCAGUUGACACGCCGUCGCCUUGUCCCGCUUUUGAGCAAGUGGGCGAAACGUUCGGUGGCUUCGAUCUGGCCAUGCUGCCAAUCGGCCUUUUCAAGCCGCAAUCAUUCAUGGGAGGAGUGCAUGCUUCGCCUGAGCAGUCUUUGCAGAUUCACAAGGAGAUCAACUCGAAGCUAAGCAUCGGUAUGCAUUAUGGGACUGUGCGAGGUGGGAUCUCUGGACAGUUUGAGGACGUCACGGAGCCGCCGAGACGGUGGAGGGAGGCUGCUGAGAAAGAAGGCUUGUGGAGUGGUGGUGGGAUCGAGGGGCGAGGACAAGCGGUUGACGUUGGAAAGGCGGGUGUUGGUCUGUGCGACAUUGGAGAGACGGUGGCUAUUUGA